GAUGGAACUGAAAUAAAUCAAGUACUCUCUAACAGUAGAGACUCCACACCAUGGCGCUUAUUCAUCUUGCCAUGGGUACCAAAAAUAUCGAAAAAUCCAGAAAGAUCAUGGGAUUCUUUACCAAGCUCUUUAGUAACUCUAAGUCUUAUGCAUUGCAAUCUCUAUGAUGAUGAUUUUCCCCAGGAUUUUAGUAAGCUGUCAAAUUUAAAGUACUUAUUUCUGGGAGGGAAUCCAAUUUCUAGAGUGCCAGAUUGCAUUAAAGAUCUGAAAAAUAUGAAAAAAGUUAAUUUAUCUGAGUGUCCAAGGCUCCAACAUCUUCAAUGGCCAUCGGUAGCUGUUGACGAAUUGAAUGUCACAGAUUGCAGAUCAUUGAAAACCAUAACACGCCUAAGUUUGUGGGAUAGUGCACGACGCAUUGAAGAUUUUGAUUGCCCAAGUCUAUGUGAGUUUGAGUACGACUUCAAGAUGGAAGACGUUGGAAAAGUGGAUUUACAAGUGAUCAACAAUAUUGGCUUCUUCAACUUGGACUCCAUGGCAAAUGUUGAUUUGAGGAUUAUUAAUCGCCAUGCAUCGGGUAGAAUGAAGUGUCCGGCCCAGAUUAUGUGGGACAAUUACAUGUUUAACACAUACUUUCCUGGAAGAGAAGUUCCACAUUGGUUUAGCUAUAAGAUCACUGGCUCCACAAUAUCUUUUACCUUGCCUUCAUUUCCUUUUCUCAAAGUUAAAGCCUUGAAUCUGUGCUUAGUAUACAAAAUUCCCGGGAUCGAUAUCGACGAUCAGUUGCCAGCUCCUAUAUGUGUCAGACUCAGUAAUAAGAGCAAGUGUCUGGAUUGGACCUAUACACCAAGGUGCUACGGCGUUCCGGAAGCAGACGAAGAUAUGGUAUGGUUAUUCCAUUGGCAUUGGGGAUGGCCGAUUCCUUUUGAAGAGGGUGAUGAAGUGCACGCUUCGUUUGAUAUUGAAAUUGAUGGAGAAAUCAAAGAGUGUGGAGUCCACGUUUUGCACUACGAAGAGGAGGAAGAAGUAUUCAAUUGCUACAAGACUCUGUCCACGUUCUGGGAUUCAAAUUCAAUGAGAUAAGACUUGGCAGCACUGAUGGUGUUGGUAGAUGGUGGUUGCGGUGGUGGUUUGUUUAUUCAUUUGCAAUCGCAGAUGAAACUCCACCUUGAAGG